AUGGCUAAUUUGCGCGAUAUUUCAUCCAAAAAAUCCGCCCGUCCCACGAUUAAUGUGGCCAUCCACCCCAACCCAGGCACACCACCCACCGGGUCCGGUGGUUCGCACGACAGUGGUGAGUACAAACCCAUCUUCUUCAACGAAAUAUCGCAAAUAAUGCGUGGCUACGGUGAUUGUGAGAAGCCGCACCGUGAAUCGGUCCUGCUGGUUGAGAAGAUAGUGCUACAGCAGCUACGCGGAAUCAUGCAGGAAGCGAUCGACCAUGCCAUGUCGCGCCCAAACUCGCCCACCCUUUCCCGGCGUGACUUUGAGUACAUUAUGCGCAAGAAUCAAAUACGCGUGGCACGGUUGCAGAAACAUUUUCGCGAUGUGGCACUGAUGAAGAAACGGCUGAAGGAUCUGUGCGGCGGACGCUAUUCGCAUCUGAAUCUGGGUGCCUGUCCCGAAACGUCGGAUGAUGAUUCUGACCGGGAAGCGCCGGAAAAGUACGACGAGGAGAAGGUGCGUCGUCUCUUUCGAGCGGACCGCAUAUCACAGAUCCUAUCUGGUAGACAGUACGACGAGUACAUAGCGGCCCGUCGGGCUUCCUUCAUGCACCGAAACACGGAAGUGAUGAAAAGCAAGAUGAGACUGUGGCUAAACAUUCCGGAGGACGUGAACAUAACGCAAAGCUGUUUGGUUACGUUGGCCUAUCUAGCGCAUGAAACCAUCGCGGUGCUAGUGGACCUGUGUAUACUGUCACGGUUAAACAGCUCCAACAGAACCGUUGAUCCGUACAGUCGAGUUACUCCUUCCGGUAAAUCGUACAACAUGCUGCACACCUGUCCGGAGGUGUCGCAGGGCCGUGGGUUGGAUGGCGUGAAGCCCAUCACGCCACAGGAAAUCACCGAAGCUAUGCGAAGACACCGACAGAUGGCCAUGCGUAACUCGGGUCGUUAUAGAAAUGCGCUUAAUUUUAAACCUCCCUAUCUGGCAAUGUAA